AUGAUUCGAAAAAGUCAAGCUCAAAAGGUUGCUCAAGCAUUAGAAGUGAGGGAAAUUGAUAGUGGUUCGGGAUUGAAUCAAGAAGUUGGUUUGAAAAGACCCGGAGAUACACGUUGGGGAUCACAUUACAAAUGUGUUCUAAACAUUAUAUCCUUGUUUCCUUCAAUUGUUGAGGUACUUGUGCACUUUGGAAAACAUGGUUCAUCGGAGGAUAAAUUCAAAGCUCAAAUUGUGUUGGGUUCAUUAGAAUCAUUUGAUUUUAUUUUCAUGGCUCACUUGAUGUUGACUAUUUUCGAAUACACUAAUGAUUUGUGUAUUUCAUUGCAAAGAAAAGAACAAGAUAUUGUUAAUGCCAUGAGACUUGUUUCUUCUACAACGAAAGUGUUACAAAAAAUGAGGGAACAAGGUUGGGAUAUUCUCUUGAAAAAAGUAACUUCAUUUUGCAAUAAACACAAAAUUGAUGUUCCCAAUAUGGAGGCUAAUUAUGUUCCACAUGGAAGAUCAAGACGUUUUGUUGAGAAAGCUACAAAUGAACAUCAUUUUCGUGUUGGAAAUUUCUUAGAAGUGAUUGAUUUGCAUCUACAAGAACUUGAUAAUCGAUUUAAUGAGAAGAAUAUGGAGCUACUUACUUGCAUGGCUAGCUUAAGUCCUAAGGAUAAUUUUUCAUCAUUUGACAAAGAAAAGGUGCUUAAACUUUCUUCUUUGUACCCCGAAGACUUUUCACAUAAUGAGUUGUUGAGUCUUGAUGAUCAACUUGAAGUGUUCAAGCAAAUCAUGUUAGAUGAUGAAAAUUUUUUAGAUUUGUAUGACAUUAAUUCUCUUUCAAAGAUGCUUGUCAAAACCAAGUUGCAUGAAACUUAUCCUCUUACUCAAUUGCUUAUCAAGUUAAUGUUGAUUCUUCCCGUUGCUAUGGAAAGUGUUGAAAGAGUCUUUUCGGCAAUGACAUACAUCAAAAGUAAAUUGAGAAAUAGUAUGGGUGAUCAACUUAUGAAUGAUUGUUUGGUUACUUACAUUGAGAAAGAAGUGUUUUUGCAAAUCCCCGAUGAAGAUAUCAUUAAUCGAUUUCAAAAAAUGAAGACUCGGAGAAUAUUUUAG